AUGUCGUCGUUUCGUUACCCACCUCUACCGCGCGGCGAUGGCCUGCGGUUGCUUGUCCUAGACCCGGGCCGCUUCUCCGAUCCAUUCCGGGGUCGGCUAGUCUCGGCGACCUUUGCCUCCAAGCCCAAGUACAUCGCGCUAUCUUACACCUGGAAAGACAGGGACGAGGCUCAUGCAAGCGUCCGCAUAGGCAGAUCUAAUGCCACCGUCGUCGAAGCCGAUGACGGUUCCGACUGUAUCGAGCUCGAUGGGCACCAAGUCCCCAUCAGUCACAACCUGGCGCUCGCCUUGAACUAUCUGCGGUCCGACAAGACCAGCAUAAGUCUCUGGACGGACCAGAUAUGCAUCAACCAGGAUGACGUUCCGGAGCGCAACUCUCAGGUCGCUUUGAUGGCGUUCAUCUACACGCGUGCGGUGCAUGUGGUGUCCUGGUUGGGCCUGCCCGAGGAGGAGCCUGACCGGACCAGCGCUGUCGUCCGCGCCUCGAAGUGGACGUCCGGCCAGAGCCAGUUUGCCGCGACUGAGCGUGUCGUGUUCUCGCAGCUGGGUCAGGAUACUUUCCCGGUGGACGAGGACCCUUACUGGAGGCGUGUCUGGAUAGUGCAGGAGGUCUGCCUCGCCAGGUCCGUUGUGUUUGUCACGGGCCAGUACGUGUGGUCUGAGCAGCAGAUAAUGCUGUCCGUCCUCGACGCGCACGCGCCCAUGUACAAGCUCCUGAAGGCAAGGAAGCAGCGCUUCACGGACGACAUGAGGCUGGAAGCGCUGAUCGAGAAAUUCAUGCAUUGCGGGUGCGGCGAGACGCGCGACAGAGUCUACGGCUUGCUUGGUCUGGCAAACGACGUUGUCUCGAUCAACACAGCCGAGACCCUUCCAACCCCGCAUCCCUACGACGGUGACAGUACCCGGAGAGGACGAGGCACGAUCGUGGUAGACUACAAACGGCCCUUUUACGACAUCUGGUGCGAUGUGGUACUGCACAUGUACCGACGAGCGAUGCCAAAGCUAGACUUUGGCAAGUCUGAGGAGGAGAGACAAGACGAGAGGAGGUCUCGAGUUGUCAGAUUCGCGGGUGUGGUUCAGAAGGCUCUUGGAGGCAAGGUCGAUGAAGAGGUAAAACAACCGGGGUUCCUCCAAACCAAAGCUUCCAUCAAACCUGUGUCCCCGCCAUUCAUACAAGUCAAGGCGUACAUUGCCGGUCGAAUCCAGAGCAUCGGGCCCACCUACUCAAACUUCCUCGGCUCGCACUUCGAAUCGGGGAGAUGGGUGUCCAGCUGGUACGAUCACUACAGCGAUGAGAACGACCUCUCCAAGCUUCGAGAGGUCGAGGAGACGUAUACAGGCAAGAUCAUCGACUUCAACGAGACUGACCUGGCACGGAUCUCUUCCUUUGAGAAUCAUGCGGUGGCAUGGUCUCCACUACGGGAUUUCUCGCCAGAAGACUAUAAGCCGGCUCUUGGCUGCUUACCUCUGGGCGAGCCGGCGCGGUUCGUGGGCACGGAGCACUGCAUGGGCCUCGCGCCUCACGGGGCGGAGGUGGGAGAUCUCGUGCUGCGCUUCUGGGAUUGCGAUGCGGCCAUCGUCAUGCGGCUCCGGAGCGAUGGGCUACACGACUAUCUCACCGGCGAGGACAGCGACGGGAUCAGCCGGGUCCUCAUGGACGAGGAGGACUCGGGGCUUCCUCCCGAGCAAGCCGGGUUGUAUGAACUCGUCGGUCGCGCAGACAUUGCAGAGCCGCACGUUCGGAAGGAAGGUUUGGGCGAUGCCCGGGCCAAGGACAGGUUGAAGGUGGACCGGGAGAGGAUGACGACAACGGCCAGAUAUGUGUGGAUGGACCUCGCUACCCUACAGAAGAUCUCUGUCGCAAUCAAGACCUGA